AUUAAAAAAAAAGGCAUAUGGGUAUAAAAAGGCAGUAUCCAUACUGAGGCCAUCUGUAGUUCACAAUGGCCCUUUCCUUGUGAGUUUAAUUUCAUGAAACUUUCCUGGAGUGUAUAGUCUAUAGCUAAGAGCGCUGUGAUGUGUAAUAAUAAUGAUAAACAGACAGACGAGUCUUUGAAUAUUCAGUGGCUCCAGUGUGUAUGGCGGUAUGAAUUUGAGGUUUCUCUUGUUUGUCGGUACAGAGAUGCAGAUGGAGCGUGCAAAGAGGAUGGCCUCUGCAGGAGAAGAAGUGUCCCUGAAUUCACCUGAGCUGCCCUGGAACCAGCUCUAUUUGAAGAGAAGGACCGAGUCCAGGAUCCAGUUAAGGAGGAGCGUGUGCUUCACUGGCCCUGCUGCUGCUGCUGUUACCGGGGUAUUGGCAAUCCUCAUACUGGCUGCUGGCAGGGUCAGCGGCAGUGAGUUUGUAACAGUCCCGAGCUCAGUGAAGUGUACUGAGGGGCAGGACUGUAUCCUGAGCUGCACUUUCAACCACAUCACAGCUGGAAACAUGGAUGAGCAGUUAGAUGUGAUCUGGAGACGAGCACAAACGGGCCGCAUCGUUCACAGUUACUAUGACAACACGGACCAGCUUAAUAAUCAGCUCCCUCAGUAUGUGAGCAGGACCAGCCUGUUUGAUUCUGAGCUGCAGCGCGGGAACGCUUCACUGCUGCUGAGGAGAGUCAGGGAGGAAGACGCUGGAGAAUAUGAGUGCUCUGUUUACGCUCAUAAGCAGCACGGGUCGGGCCUGACUGAGUUAGUCCCGGUUCCAGCUGAACCCACAUCAGCAGCCCUUACAGCUGAACCCACAUCAGCAGCAGCCCUUACAGCUGAACCCACAUCAGCAGCAGCUGUUCUGAAUGGACGACACCCCUGGUGGGUUUCAGGAGCAGUUCUCGUUUAUUGGGUAGCUGCAAGUUUGUGUAUCAGCCUGAAGCUGUAUAUACAACAUGCAGGUUGUUGUUUCCGGAAGCCCCACAGUGGUCUGACAGCUCAGUACAGUGCAGGACAGGACAGUGAAACCCAGUGCAGACAGACCGCUCCCCUGCACUGUUCAACACACCCAGUUUAAUACAACCUCCCACAGAGGAGAUAACGCUUUCAAUUAGAAACAGCAGCUCUAAAAUGUUACGAUAAUAAUUGUGCAGUAACUAAUAAGUGCGACUAGAUAGCUCCAAAGAAAUUAAAGUUGAACAAUGACUAAAACUGGAUACUGAAAGUUAAGGGUAAUGUUAAAAAAUGUGUAUUUAUGUGUGCAUGCAAAUGUAAAAAUUUACUGCGCUGAAAAGUUUUCUUUUUCAACAGUGCUGUGUGUGUUUCUGAGCUGCCUCCUUGGUGCUCUUUGCCCUGAGAGACGCCCUGCUUUAGAUUCAGAUGGGUCUCCAGUAUCGUUCUGCAUGGCAGUUAUAGUCCAGCUCUUUAAUAUCACAUUGAAGGGUUUAUAUUAUAUCUGAAGCAAACACUGGAAAUGUGGAAAAAAAACGCCAAGUUAUCAAAAGCGCCCAGCCAUUUAAAGUGGAGAUAUCAAAAACACAAGCCAAGUUUCAAGAAACCACUGGGGCAACCUUGCAAAGUAAACUGGCACAACUGUAAAAGCAAUGGGGCACCAAGGUUGUUCCAAUGGUUUAAGUUGUGUCAAAAACACAAGCUCGAGUCAAGGCCUCAGAAGACUUCAACUCGACUCUGACUCAGAAAUAUUAACGACUGGUAUUUAUUUUUUAUUUUCUAUUACACAAAAAAUUCUACCUUUCCAGUCCUGCUUCCCCUAAAACUUCCACCAACAACUACAUAUCUCGAAUACAAUGUCUUCUGUUAGUCGUCACCACUUAAUGUACAGGGUUAUUUCAGGCAACAGUUUAUAUCGGACAAAUAGCGUUUGCAAUUCCCAUUGAUUUCAAUAACAAAGGCAUCAUGUAUCUCGUGUUAAGCACGCCACAUAUUUUGGGCAAACUCAGCUGUUUGGAGCUUGUUAUUGCUGUUCACAUAGAUUUAAAUAACAAACUCCUUUUACUAACCCACCAAUCAGCUGUUUUCACCUCGUUACCCUGCAUUCACACAGAUUUCAAUACAGAAGGCAGCAUACCUGCAAAAAAAGAUCAUCCAGAUGCGUAUCACAGAGUUCCUCGCUGGAAGCAGUGUGCAGUAAUGUAGACUGCCUGUUCUGUACAUUUCUGCACUUGCAUGGGACCCUUUACCCUGGGAUCCUUCAAGAAGCUGCUUGAUGAGAUUCUGGGAUC